AAUGAAACCCAAAGAUUGAACCAACGACAGGCAAAUCGGAGGCAAAAUGCAUAUCCACCCAAUCCCCAAAGUAUACCCGAAUUCCAGAAAAUAUAAACCCUACAUUUCAUUCCAUUUGAUUAACAAAGAAAGAAAGAUAUUUUGAUUUCUUCUUGUAAUCGUAUGGGCGGUUGGUUUUUAGGAGAGAUCGAUUUGAAUUACAGGUUUUGGGCUGUCGUGAAAUGGACACUUUGGACAAUUUGUUAGGUCUUCUUAAAAUCAAGGUUAAAAGAGGCAUAAAUCUUGUCAUUCGUGAUUUUCGAUCCAGCGAUCCCUAUUGCGUUUUCAAAAUGGGCGAACAGAGGCUGAAGACUCACAUUAUCUAUGGAGACCUCAACCCAGUGUGGGAUCAAGACUUGACUCUUUCCAUCGAAGAUCCCGAUCUUCCAAUUGAAUUGUUGGUGUUUGAUCAUGACACGUUUACCAGGGACGAUGAAAUGGGGGAUGCAGAUUUUGACAUCCAACCAUUUCUGGAGGCACUUAAGAUGCAUCUAGAUACUGAAACGGUUCCAGAUGGCACUAUUAUAAAGCGGAUUGAGCCGUCGAGAUCAAACUGCCUCUCUGAAGAAAGUUGUGUGAUGUGGAAAGAUGGUCAGAUCGUUCAAAACAUGCUUCUUAGAUUGCGGAAUGUUGAAUCUGGUGAAAUUGAAAUCGAGUUGCAUUGGAUUGACAUUCCGGGUGCCCAUCACAUUUAGAAUGUGUUGUGUUAUGAGUUUUAUUGUUUGUCUAUGGUCGAACGUAUUUAAGGUCCUGAUUUCUUGCAAGCACGGUUUGUUUGGACAAUUGCGGGUCCAUCACAGUGAUAACAUUGCAUACUCGUGGAUGUUGCUUUCUUGUUCCUUAUUGGUUUUUGUACUCCUUUUGAGACACGACCUUAGUUGUCUCCCUACCUUUCUCA